CCACUGGCAAAUUAGUUAUUUAUGGGAUCGGCAUUGCCGCCGCUCUACUUAUGAAUAAAGAUAUCAUUACCCAAGUCCUACAAGAAAUUCUCCAAGCAGAUCCUAAUUAUUUCUUACCGAAACAACUCCAUGUUCUUUCCAAAGAUAGUCAGGGUCAAGAUUACUGGAGAUAUAAACUUUUACCUAAUUCUGAGCAUUCAGGAGAGGUUAAAAGUUCAACCUCCUUAGAUAGUGUGGUUAAAUUUCAAGCCAGACAAGCAAAAUCUCAAGAAUUAAAUCAUGAUCAAGCCAAUAACUCAACUGAACAUACGAUCCAAAAUUUAAGCACUAGUUUACAAGCUAUUCAGCCGGCUGAUAACCAAAAUAUCAAGUUGAUUACCUAUUUAUUAUUAGGAACUGCCCUCACCGAUUAUUUACCCGACUUCAAAGGAACCUUACAAGGUUUUUAUGAAGAAAAUAUUCAGCCAACCUUAGAAACUAAGACCGCUUAUUAUGAAAAUCUCUUACAAGAGAAUAUUGCUUUUGGGCAAAGAACCCAAAAAAUAGCAAUUGCCUUAGGAAUUGGAAUAUUCUUAUUACUCGCGAUUGCUUAUUUUUGA